AUGACACUCAAGGUAACACCGUGUAAUCUCUCUCCUUCUGAUUUUUCUCUAAAUCCUAAACCCGCUCAGCUUCAAUAUCGAAAAGGCGAGGAAGAGCACGGAACAGGCCCAAUAAUACAUCGAUGGAGACCUCAUGGACAUACAUUGGCUGUUGCUUGCGCGAAUAAUAGUGUAAUCUAUUACGAUAAGAAAGGAAACGUGAUUGACGCAUUGAAUCCAACUGGAAAAAUUGUGGAUAUUGCUUGGGAUAAAGAAGGGGAUGUACUCGCAAUUGCAGUGGCAAACACAGGAACAAUUUAUCUGUGGGAUGUGAAUUCUCGGAAUACAGAUACUGUCGAAAGUUGUGCCACUUCUUCGAAAGAGCUUCCAACUUGCCUUGCGUGGUCUCCAACAAGCCCUACAUUAGUAAUUGGGAAUAAUGCAGGAAACAUUGUUGUUUAUAAUCAUAGAACUUCUCGAAGAAUCGCUGUGAUGGGGAAACAUCAACGAAGCGUGACCCAAAUUACAGUCACCCCGGAAGAUCUGAUAAUAUCAUGUAGCGACGACAACACAAUUUCAGUGACGAAUUUGGAAGGAACUACUGUAAGCACCACAACCACAAAUGGAGAGCCGACUAAAAUGGAUUACGGUUCGGUAAACCGAAAAGGUGGAAACGGAUUAACGAUGGUGAGCGCGGUUCUUGGAAAGAAAAUUUUGAUGCUGGCACCUCUGAAUGCUCUAGAUGACCCAGUCAACCUUCAAUUUCAAGAAAAGUAUGGAAUUAUACAUUCAUAUAAAUGGUUUAACGACGGCUACAUUCUGAUGGGGUUCGACUGCGGAUAUAUUAUCUCAAUAUCAGCACAUCGAGUUGAAAUUGGUUCAGAGAUCGUUAGUUUUCUAGAGUAUCGUGGAUAUCUUGCAUCACUCGCAGUCAGUACAUCAUUCAACAAGUUGCUCACAAUUGGAGAUAAUAUGGUGAAAGUUCGAGAUUUGGAUGAUCUGACAACUGUAACAAUGCUAACGGAAAUUGAAACGGAGAAAAAUCUCAGCGAAAUUGAAGUCACUGAAGACGGACAACUAGUUGCCGUAUCUUCGCAGUCUGGAGUUUUAUCAGUGUUUGUCACUAAAAUGCCAAUUCUGGCUGCUUCUUACAACAACUCAAUUUGCUAUCUCACUAAUCUGACACAAGUAACAGUUGUAGCAGAAGUUGAAAAGAAAGGAUCGUCAACACUGGAACUUGGAAUUGAACCAACAAUUAUGGGUUUGGGACCUUCGAACUUAGCAGUGGCUAACAACAACACAGUGUUUUUCUAUGACUAUCACACUCCGGCUCAAAUGCAAGCUGCCCAGCAGCUCCAGUCGGCGCAAUCCGCUGCAGAGAAACCAUCGGUUGUGAAUGCAGAGCCGAUAAAUCGAGUCGAAUACUUGUCGACUGUUGCAAACAUUCAAUUGAAUUAUAUGUAUGCAGCAGUUAACUUUGGAGGAAAACUUCGCUUGCAUCGUAUUCGGAAUUCGGAAGACAACGUGUCUGUCGAAUUUCCGGAGACGAACAGAAAUGCAACGCUUUAUGCUUAUGCUUUGACAGAAAACUUUUUGAUUUUUACAACGAGUAGCAACUACAUUGUCUACUUUUCUUUGUCUGAAUGGGCGGUUGUAAGUGAAUAUCGACAUGUUGUUCCAGUUCGUUUUGUCUUUCCACACCCGACGAAUGUGGUUUGCUGCUGCUUCGAUGACAGAUUGGAAGCUUUCAUUUACACAGCUGUUGAUGAUGAAGUCUUUAAACUUCCUUCAGUUGGAUCAAGUGCUCACUACAAAGGUGCUUUAUGGGAAACAUUCACAAUAGAUAAAAACACAUUUGCUGUGUUUGAUACUCAGAAUAUCUACGUCUUCCUAUUGAGUAAACAGCAUAUCCAAGGAGAUUCGGUGAUUUAUGUCAGUGCAACACGUCUUCCGCAUGCAUAUGUUCCCUUGUCAUUGAACAAAGGAAUUGUGACUUGUCUGAUGAGUAAUGGAAAACUUUCUUCCGUUCUUCUGGAUUCUCAUAAAACAGAAUCAGUGAUUACUGAUAAAUCAGAGACUGUAAUUGAUGAGCUUCUCACAAGAUCUUUAUUGAUGCACAGGUAA